AUGGCUGUAAAAGAUGAUGAAAGAUACAGCACCCUCCUUGGGUACUUCGACACAUCAUUAGGUGUAAACCCUGUUAUCCAGAAACUGCCUGCCAACCUCCAGAACAAAUGGCGCAAUAGGGCUGUAACGUUCAAGCGCACCCACAAUGUGGCGUUUCCGCCCUUCUCAUACUUCUGUACCUUUAUCCAAGAGUUGGCAGCAACUUUGAACGACCCAGGAUUUGAUUACAUAUCUACUGGAAAUACUGACACCAACACCCCAGCUUCACAUGGCAAUGGGAAGAGAUCCCAUAUAUCCGUACGUGAGACGGCCGUCUCAGGUACUGAUCACCAACAAGAUAAACCUAGGUGUUUGAUUCAUAACGCAGGACAUUCAACAAAUGAUUGCAGAUCAUUCAAAGCGAAACCCAUUAGCGAACGCAGAGAUUUACUGAGGAAACAUGGAAAGUGUUUCAAGUGUUGUGAUGGGAAACAUAGGAAACAAGAUUGUAAGGAAUCGGUCAAGUGUGACAUUUGUAAAAGUGUAGAUCAUGCGACAGGAAUGCAUUUUGACCGCAGUUCUAUGGCGCCUCAGAAUCAUGGCGGGGAGGAGAAAAUAAACACAAAAUGUACUGAAAUUUGUGGAAAGUAUUUUGAGGGAAAAUCAUGUGCAAAGAUAGUUCUUGUAACUGUACGUCACGAGGCCAGUAACCAAGAUCCUACACUAGCUUACGCAAUUCAGGACGAGCAGAGUAAUAGGACACUGGGUAGAAAAGAACUCUUUGAUACUUUUGAUCCUCAUUCAGCACCAGAGAACUAUCUUUUAUCUACGUGCAGUGGUAAGGUGGAAACAAGCGGAUUUAUUAUAGAGUCCAUAGAUGGCACUGCUUCACUGAAACUGCCAAAUGUUAUUGAGUGUGAUGCUAUCCCCAACAACAGCGAGGAAAUACCCACACCGGAAGUGGCCACCAACUACCAACAUUUGGUGGAUAUUUCAGACUGUAUUCCACCUCUGGCUGUCAACACUGAAAUCCUACUUCUAAUCGGCAGAGACCUGCUGAUUGCCCACCACGUAUUAGAACAGAAGGUCGGACCUCCGGAACAACCAUACGCUCAGCGACUCCAUCUCGGAUGGGUAAUCGUCGGGGAGUCUUGUUUAAAUGGACUUCAUGCACCUACAUCUAAAGCAAACGUCCUGAAAACAUUAUUAAAUCCUACACCAGGACCAGACUCAAUCUUAAGGCCGUGUGACAGUAAGAUCUGUGUUUCUGACAUUUUCCAUCGUACUGAAAGGGACAACAAACCGGGAAGGUCUGUGGAAGAUAAAAACUUCUUGUCUUUGAUGGAAGACCAGAUGAAAAAGCAUAAAACGGGUCAAUGGAUUGCACCACUUCCUUUUAAGGAAAACAGAUCGCGCCUGCCAAACAAUAAAAAACAAGCCAUGGAUCGAGCCAAAAGCCUCGAUGAAAGCUUGCGUCGUAACCCUGUCAAAAGAGAACAUUUCCUGGAGUUCAUGAAAGGCCUGAUUGAUUCUGGCCACGCGGAACCAGCUGCGUCACUUAAUCCGGAAGAGGAAUGCUGGUACUUACCUUUGUUUGGGGUAUACCACCCACAGAAAAAAGACCGAAUCAGAGGUGUUUUCGACUCCUCAGCAAAGCUUCAAGGAACAUCUUUGAAUAACAUUUUAAUGUCGGGGCCAGACCUGAUCAACAGUCUCAUCGGGGUCCUUAUGCGGUUUCGGAAAGAAACGGUGGCAAUCACAGCGGACGUGCAACAGAUGUUCUACUGCUUUUUGGUACAUCCAGACCAUCGCAGAUACUUACGCUUCAUUUGGCACGAAAACAAUGAUUUGAACCAACCUUUAGUAGACUAUCAAAUGAAAGUCCAUGUGUUCGGGAACAGUCCGUCGCCGGCUGUGGCCACUUUCGGAUUGAGGAAAACCGCCGAUGUCGCUGAACAAAAAUACGGUACGGACGUCAAACACUUCAUUCAUCGCAAUUUUUAUGUAGACGAUGCGUUAUCCUCCGUUCCUUCUGUAGAGGAAGCCAUUGACCUCAUGAGUCGUACAUGUGCUGCACUCAAGGAGUUUGGCGAUCUCCGCUUACAUAAGAUAGCUUCCAAUUCAACUGAGGUGCUGCACGCAUUCAACACUGACGAUCUAGCCAAGGAAUUGAAAGACUUGGAACUUAGAACAGAGGGACUUCCAUCACAACGCAGCUUAGGAAUACGCUGGGAUCUCCAAUCCGAUGAGUUUACGUUUCAUGUAGAACCUGAAGAAAAACCCUUCACCAGACGAUUUGUCCUUUCUUGCAUUAACAGCAUAUUUGAUCCUUUAGGUUUUCUUGCACCAGUUACAAUAGCUGGAAAGGCAAUUCUUCGCGAAGCAAUGUCCGAUGGAGCAGAUUGGGAUGAGCCAUUACGAGCGGAUUGUCUGCACAAAUGGGAACAAUGGAAGCUGUCAUUGCAACAUUUACAAAAUGUGAGGAUCCCACGUACUUACGGCAACAUGUCUAUGAGCAAGACUGUAAAAAAUGAACUUUGUAUUUUCUCUGACGCCUCAGAAAAGGCGAUUGCUGCUGUUGUCUCCAUCAGGCUCACUGACUCAAAUGGGUCUCAACGCCUUGGAUUUGUGCUUGGAAAGGCAAAAUUGGCACCCAAACACGGGCAUACUAUUCCAAGGUUGGAAUUGUGUGGCGCCGUUUUGGCCACAGAACUGUACGACACCAUUCGCGAUGAGAUGGACAUAGAAUUUGAUCGUGUGCAAUUCUUCACUGACAGUCGAGUUGUCCUCGGAUACAUCCGGAAUGAAACUAAACGUUUCUUUGUCUAUGUGGAAAAUCGUGUUGAGCGUAUUCGCAGAAGCAGUCGCCCCGAAGACUGGAACUACGUCUGUUCAAAACUCAAUCCCGCAGAUGAGGCCACUCGGUCAGUGCCUGCGGAUCGCCUCCAGAAUUGUAUGUGGCUCAACGGACCGUCUCAUAUCCUCAUAGAUGAACCUGACUUGGGAGAGGACACUGAUUAUCCUCUGGUCAGCCCCGAGGAGGAUAUCGAAAUACGUACCUGCAAAACCGAGGUUGAGGAAACUUCAGAACAAAGAUUCGACAGUAGCAGAUUCAGCUACUUCUCUUCUUGGUACCGCCUUGUUAGGGCUAUCACCAAUGUGAAACACCUCGCUACUAGAUGGACAAGGACCAUUAAGGGCCAGGAUUCCAACCAUUCUGCUACGCAUGACUCUAAUUUAGUCAAACGGUCUGAACAGUUCAUUGUGAAAGUUGUUCAGAGUGAAGCUUUCCAUAAGGAGAUACAAUCGCUCAGCCACGGAAAGAACAUUCCGAGAAAUAGCUCAAUUCUCAACUUGGAUCCAUACCUUGAUGACGAUGGUCUUCUUCGUGUUGGGGGACGCCUAAAGAAUUCCAACCUUCUGAAGUGUCAAAAGAACCCAAUAAUCUUGCCCAAGGCACAUCACGUGUCUAAACUCACUGUUGCGCACUAUCACCAAGAGGUUAAGCACCAGGGUCGAUUAUUCACUGAAGGCGCAAUUCGCACUGCUGGCUAUUGGAUAGUUGGAUGCCGUCGCUUCGUAAUUGUGUACGUUGCUUGA